CCCGGAGAGAGGCGGGGAGGUUGCCAGAGGCUGCCGGCUCCCUGGACCGCUCAGUGCUCGGCGGCAGGGGAAGCGAGCGAAAGCGCAACCAGUGUUGGGGAGGAUGGCCGGGGAGGCUGUGUCAUCCGGAGCCAGCCCGAAGGUGGUGAUAGCGAGUCCUGUGAGGCCCAGGAGGCCAGACUCCCAGCAGGCAGCAGGAGCAGUCGGCUAUAGAGCCCGAGGGAGCGAGGAGCCAGUGCUACUGCCGCUGCUGCUGCUGCUGCUGCCGCUGCUGCUGCCGCUGCCGCUGCUGCUGCUGCUGCCCCCGCUGCCGCCGCUGCCGCCGCCGCCGCCAGUCGGAGAAAUCAUGUCCCGCAAAGGCAAGAGUGGAGUCUCUUCCAUGAACGACGAGGAGGCCCUGGCCUUCUCUUCCGAAGAAGCGAAAGGUGAUGACCUCCAGGAGAUCAAGAAGGAGUUGGUGAAGAUUGAAGAGAAGGUGGAUGCUCUGCUGGCCAGCCUGGAGCAGAUGGAAAGUGACCCGAGUGAGCAGUGUGAGCCCUACGUGAGGAAUAGACCCGAGGAAGAGAUGGAGAGCAACAGUGCUGUGCAGGAAGCCGACACCAACAUGGAGAUGGAGGAGAGCGGAGGAGGCGUCGGCAACGCCGGAAAUCGUGCUUAGGAGGGGCCCGCCUGGGGGAGGAGGACCAUGAAGAUCAGGGCAGGCAGGACUGGCUGGGGUGGCUCUAGAAUGGUGGAGGAAGGGUAGCGGUGCUGGUGGUGGCAGUGGAGGCCCUGGAGGAGCCAGAGGGCAACAGAAAUGCCAUCUGGGGUGAGCAGAGCUCUUUAGCACCCAAGGGUCCCAGUCGGAAGGCUCCCCCCUUAUUGUCACAGCUAGGCCCUCAUCCUAGAGCCAGCCUCCCUAGGUCCUCUCCCAUGAUAUCUUCAAGUAUAUGCUCCCUCUUGUCCUCAGUGCUAUACUCCCCAGGCUCAUUAGCUCCCCUCUCCCUUACAGGUGGCCCCCUUUCCUGUUUGCUGUAGCUCUCCCUUAGAGUUACACUAAGGCCCCUGUAACUUUGCUCAUUUAACUCUCAUGACUUUUUUCUGGUUCAACAAUAAAAAGUUCUAUUGCUGUG